AUGACCCAUCGACCGGAUUCUACCAAUUUAAUUACGUCUAAAAAUACCGAACCAGAAAUCGAGAUCGCGGAUCAUCUUGCGGAUAAUGAAAGGCCUUUGCGCACUGUGAUUAUGUUACAUGCGGAACCAGUCUGGGUCGCAGUUAUCCUCGUGACGAUAGUGGCGGAGUUUCAAAUCAUAUUGUACUGCGUAACCUUCAGAGGAUUUCUGCUGGAUAUCACAAAGGAGCCCAGGAGUACCCCCUUGCAACCUUAUGUGAUGAUGAUGGAGGCUUUGUACUGUGCCGACUUCCUCUUGGCGUUGUCGUACAGGACUUGGACCUCGAUAUCUGUUGUAUCAGGAAUCCAGCCACGAAAAAGACUCGGGCUACUACUAGACGUCGUAUCUUUAAUACCUGUCGACGCAUUCCUUUGGUAUGGCUCAGACUUGGCGCUCACAAAUCCCGGAGUCUUCCACUUGUGGUCCCUCAACCAUUUGAUACGAAUAUACCGUCUUUACUUGUUUUUCGGAAAAUCCACGAAUGGUAUCACUUGGGUUUCGAUUCAGAUCCAUUUGGUGCAAGUCCUAACCAUUUUGCUGGUAAUUUCGAUGCUCGCUGUUGUGAUAAUGUUCAAGUGGCGGAUUGACAUUGAAAAGGAAGAAUACGGGUGGUUGCAGAAUGUAGUUGAUCGUUUGGAGCCGAACAAUUACAGGUCCAACGACUGGUUUUGGAUAUCGUUCUACGUGAUCAUCGGUCACGUAUCUUCGCACGGGACCAUAGAACUGCCCGUCUCGACCGAUCAUGUGCUUUUUGCUGUCUUUGCAAUGAUCGGCGCUCUUGGUAUUCGUUCACUCCUGCUCGCCUAUAUGGUCGAUAUCAUUCAACGGAGAGACUACGCCAAGAGUAUUUUCACGCUGAAGAGAUCGAUUUUGGACGAGCUCAUGACGUCCGCAGUAACGAUUCAGACGCGUCAUCAGAUCCACAAGUACUAUGAUUCGUUUUGGGAAACAGAGGGUGGUCAGAAAUUCCGGAUCAGCGAUUUCAUCAUGUAUCCAUUGAUAUUCAAGGCUGAAUGCAGUCUGGAGCUGUCGUGGGCUACCUUCAAACACUCUAAGCUGUUUCGCCACAUGCCGGUGCCAUUCCUCAGGAACGUGUCGUUGUUGUGCGAGCGGAAAUUCGUCUCACCGGGUGACUAUAUCUUCAGAAAGUUCGAUAUCAAGGAUCGGCUUAUUUACAUCGUGAGUGGAAGUGUCCACGUACUCUCAGAAGAGGACAAUGAGACUCCAAUCCUUUCAUUUUCCGGUGGGACGAUUUUCGGUGAAAUCGCACUCCUAGCAAGCUACAGGAGUGGCGUUAGCGUCCUAGCCUGCACCCCUUGCGAACUGAACGUUCUCGAGCGUAACAAAUUUGCUAGGAUAAUAAUUCCUAGCUAUCCAGAAAUAUGGAGUGAGAUUACAUCGGUGAUCGAUACGCGUCUAAAAGGUGCAAAGUUUAUGACGGAACUUGGUGUUUAUUUGCAGAAAAACCAAAAUGUCAUACAAAAUAAUCGUAACACCGACGUUGCUUGGCUCAAAACAAGCCUCAGCGCUCUUCAGGGUGCGCAACGAGUCGAUGGAGGCAUCAAAGAAAUGAAGAAACGAGCAAAUCUUAUGGAGCAGGUCUAUGCCUCUACGGAUAUUCGGUACACCUUCAUGUACCUGGAUACACUCGUGCUGUCCGAUAACAUAGCUCUGACCUCGGAUGCCGUGUUUUUGCAAUCUUCAAAGUGCCCGUGGAUAUUGAAGCCUGGCUCUCCGGUGCUUCAGCUGUGGGAUACGAUAGUUUUAAUCUCUACAAUAACGUUAUCUUAUACACUUACGGUAAGUAUAGCUUUUCAAGAGUUUGAGACGGACGUCGUUCACGCUUGGACCAUUUUUAUCGGUCUUGUACUGACAGCCGACUUGUGGGUCGUUCUUUGCACCGCCAUACAGAAGAACGAUCGGAUUACCAUUAUCAAGGUGUCACAGAUCCUUAAGAUUCGUCUCCACGACUGGACUUUUUGGUUUGAUCUUGUUGCCGCCGUACCUUGGACGGUUCUGGUGAGUGCCAUGCCUGUUGAAUACAGUUUCUUGGGAUUGUUGAAACUGCUUCGAAUGCUGAAAUUAUACAAGUUAGAGAUCAUGUUUACGAGGAUAGAGAACUCUCACAAGAUAUCACUGGUCGUUCUUCGAAUGGUGAAAUACAGCCUCUACGUUAUUCUGAUCAGUUUCUUCUUUACCGGCAUGCUCUUGUUCUCAACUUGCCCCGCCAGACUCGGAGUCGAUUCUUGCCCUCCGACGUCGUGGAUUUCGACCGCUCUAGCCGGUCAUGAGCAGCUGACUCACAAAGUGUUCAGUUACUCGUUAUUGGUCGUCCUUCAGAUAGUGCUCGGUAUUGGAACGCCUAUAGCCAGGCCAGGGUCCUCGAUGGAAUGUGCAUUCUGGGUGAUCCUGAUAAUAUUCGGCGCCUUAUUGUACAUAUUUUACAUGGCAUCAUUAACGUCUGUCCGUAUUCUAGGGCAGGUUAUAUAUGCCCGGCAUUACCAUCUUAGUCAGGCUAUUCACUAUCAUUUAAACAAGACCACGGUACCAGAGGCCUUGAAGAAACGAGUCGACUCGUAUCUUGAGACAGAAAUGCGAUACGACAGGGGCUACAGAGUGGUGACCAACGAAGAUGUGCUAAGCACACUGUCACCAGAGAUGUCUGCGAAUUGGAAAUACGAGAGAUUCAACCGUCUGAUAAGUAACGUGCCUCUCUUCACGGAGAUGGAUCAAGGAUUCAUCCGGGAUAUCUGCUCCAUUGCUUCGAUCGCUGUUCUUCCUCCGAGGGAACUUCUUUCCUACGGUGGGCGGCAUUGCACGGAGAUGUAUAUAAUCGAAAAGGGCUACUGUGAGAUGAUUCACAUGGAACCGUCCAUCCCCCAUCGCAAGGUUGGCCCUGGGACGUCUAUAUACGUUCUUGAAAUGUCUCUGCAGCUCCCGGUUGUCCAUACGGUGGUCACCUCCACUUACGUGUCGUUCCUCACGAUAAGCCGAAACGAUUUUCUCCGUGUAUACAGCAACUUUCCCGAAGAGAAGUUCGAGUUCGACCAGCUACUGGCAGAAUUUCAUCGAAUGGAGCAAGUUCUGGAACUGCGAGAGCAGGCCAAGGAGCAACCGGAAUUCGUCGAGGUACUCCAUACGGUGCGCCCGCCAAUUCCAUCCUUCACUUUCUUCGUGUACACCAUAAAUAAAGAAGAUCCUGAAUACUAUGUGAUCAGCGAGCCAUUUGAGCGGCUAAAAAACUUCAAAUUCCUCAAGUGGUGUCUCCUACGUCUGACUAUUCGUCCGGACGGAAGGUUUCUGAAAUACUACGAGGCUCAGAGGUGCAUUUGCGCUAUUAUGACCACAAUUUUGUAUACCAUGCGAAUUAUCGUCCAGGCUAGUGAUUCAAGAACAUUCAUCACCCGGGUAAUCACCUUUUUAAAUAUCGCUGCCCUCUUGGAUAUCUAUGUCAGAAUGCACGUAGGGUACUUCAACGAAAAAGGGUUAUUGGUCACGCAUCCACUGUCCACUGCAUCGCAGUACAUGACGACUUCGAUGUUCGUCGACCUCCUCGGCCUACUUCCGUUCGAGCAGCUGAUCCUGCGGAAGAUGAUCUCCUCCAAGGAUCUAUUUUUCUUCUACCUGACGAGAGUUCUCCAACUUCACCGUGUCAUUGGAGCUGUAAACUAUCUCCAGGAAUCAGAUUCGUGGUCCAAGGUCAUAAAGUAUGGGAAGUUCCUCCCCAUUCUUCUCCUGAUUGCGCACAUUUUCGCUUGCGUAGUCCUCUACACCAGCUGUAUCUUUGAUGCAAAAUACGAGGACACUGCGGAGUUUAAGGCAGGUCUUCGGUGUCCACAGUGGCACAGCUUUAUUGAAGCGAGUACCAAAUACAAGCUCACCGAUUGGAUAGUUUACCGAAGAUCAUUAUACAUUGCUGUUAGUACGCUGACGCGCGUCGGCGUCGAAGAGUUACAGAUCAAGACACCGUCGAUGAUGAACGUGUUUUACAUAAUGUCAGCAGUAACGUUCACGGUUCUCCUGCUUCUGAUGGGCCAGGUAAUGGCUGAUUCGGCAAUACGAGACGUCGAGUUGACGGCCUACCAAGACCGGAUGACAACGUUGGUCAACUUCAUGAACAACAAAAAGAUCGGCCCUGAACUACACGACGAAGUCAUUUCCUACUUCGAGCUCGCUUGGAGGCACAAACGAGGCCAGUCCGUCGAUCGGCUCUUUGGCGCCUUCCAUCCCGCCCUUCGAGAGGACGUACUCUGCGCUUUGUACAGCGAAUGCUUGUCAAAGUGUCCCGGAUUGGCUGAUGCGAGCGAAACCUUCUAUCGAUACCUCCUGAUGCACCUUAGAGGAGUCUGGUUUUAUCCGAACGGUUCGGUCAUUGUGCACUACAACGACGUCGUCGAUCUUGUCUGCGUUAUUCACACAGGCAGCGCCGAAGUCGUAGCCCCGGAUGGAUCCUACGUAACGACACUGGGACCAGGCAGUGUUUAUGGGAACUUGAUCGGGUCGACCACCGUACGAAUGCCUGUAAGUAUCGUCGUCACGGCCCAUAUGGAAGCGCUAAUUUUUGACGCCGAUGAAUUUUAUCGCGCCUUGACCAUUCACCGUAAGGCUAAGCAUAUUUUCAUGAAUGCCAUGGAACUCAAUACCGACUACAUUUCGGCCAACUUUGACGACCAGGUGGUCGUCGUUACAACCGGGGAUUCAUCAACCGACGAACAAUUUUACAAGGGCACGAGGCUAUUUGGAUUUCUUCGUUUUUUGAGCAUGAGAGUCGUCGAUCCAAAUUGGCUACCAAUAGUCCUCUGGGAUCGAAACGUAUUGUUUUUUUCCUAUUACUUGAGCCCAUGCGCGAUCAUCUAUCAAAUUGCUUACGGUGAAUUCAACAUAUACUGGAUUAGUUUCCAGUACUUUACUGAUUUCUUGUUCCUCGUUACGAUGUACAUCAAGGCCAACAGCGCUUUUGAGGAUAAAUCUGGUAACGUUGUCAGAGACAAAAGACGUAUAUGGAUGAGGUUCGUUAAAUCUCCGAUGGGUUUUUACGCUCACCUGGCAUCAGUCGUUCCUAUCGAAGUGAUAUCGUUUACUUUUCGGGAUAGAACAAUGCAAAGACUGUACGCGACCUUGCGUGUCAAUCGAAUUCUCAGACUGGCAGCAGUUGUCGAUUUCUUCAACGUUCAGUGCCAAAGGCUGAACAUAAACAUCUUCAACAUGCGGUUAACUUACCUGAUCGCGAUACUCCUCUUCACUGUACAUCUUGCGUCGUGUAUCCUGGCCUUUAUGACCAUCAAGGAAGAUAUCUACGACUUGGACGACUCGACUCGUCGAACUGUGUACUUCAGCAACGUGUUUCACGUAUCUGCUUUGUAUGGAGGGUCCACGACACGGCGGUUGCCAAUAGCCAGUUCCUGGUACUACACCUGCUACAUCCUGAUGCUAGAGAUCAUAAUGUUCGUUAUGUUCGCUUUGAUCGUUGGUGACAUGUGCGCGAUGAUAAAUGUCAGUCACUACGUGAUGAUAACGUAUGAGCGAAUAAUUAAGCGCUUUAAAAUUUACAUGGAAACGUGCGAUCUGACUUACGUACUGCGUCAGAACAUGUGGACCUACGGGUGCAACUUGUGGGAUUUCAACAGGGGUCGACAAGUCCCUCAUCUGGUGUUGGAGGCUCCUCGUUAUUUGCGAAGAGAGAUCAAAAAUGCUCUCUUCAUUCACCAUUUGGAGAACCACCAGAUAUUCUCUGGGUGUCACGAGGAUUUCUUGCGUCAAGUCGCUGACCAUUUCAUCCUGUUAAACUUUUUCGCUGACGAUCUGAUUGUCAACGCGGGCGACGUAAACGGUACCAUGUACUUCAUCGACAGCGGAAAAGUACUAACGAUACAUCACGAUUCCAACAAAAACGCGAAGGAAGACAGAACAGAGAUUUUCGAAGAAGGAGAUUCGUUCGGAGUAUUAUCCGGUUUGUUCCCACGAUAUCCACACAGAAUGACGCACCGGGCGUUUGGAACGUGUAAAAUACUGAAGUUGAAUGGAAAGAAGUGGUUCUACUUGCUGCAGCAUUUUCCUGCCUCCCGAGAUCACCUUUACGAAAUAGCGAGUGAAUUGAAGGCGCAGGCAGGUCCGAUAAGGAGUUGA